GUCUGAUAGAAGAGGGAAACGGGGAUCGUAGGAUACAGCCAAUCUUACAAUGUUGUCAGCGCGACAACGCGCUCCUUCGAAGCCUGAGGAGCAGUACCAGCAAGUCAACACUGCCAGGCUGGAGCAGGUGCUGGGGACAGAUGAAAGCAACAUGGGGAUUGCUUGUCCACAGAAGCUAGGAUCAGUCAAGCACCUCCGCCUCCUACUGUUGAUACUUAUUCCAUGUGUCUGCGCUUUCAUCUGUGUGCUGGUAAUCCUCUUGGCAUUUGUAGGUGUAAUCGGUAAUGGAUUUUUUGAUCAAAAGAAUAAUGCAUUCAUCACUCCUUACACAGACACUGGAAACAGUUCAGGAAUGCCACAACGUAUAGACUGGGGGACGCUUUCUCCUUUUGUGGUAACAAAUGUCUCAACUACUGUUGGCCUAAAUGGUGAAGACCUGUUGACUGAUUUGAAUAAAGAACGGUUGAGCACCAAGAUCAUGCAGGAGGACAGUUUUUUGGCUUUUACACACAACACAUCAGUCAAUUUUGAUGACGGCAGCGAGGACUCGCUAUUGCAUGUGGAGGGCACAAGAUCAUUUGCUCAGAAGACAAAUGAAACUUAUGCCCCUGAGCCACCUACCAACGUCUCAAUUCUCAAGACUUCUUUCCCCAUCCUCAAAACCACCAGCAAUACAACAGAUGUUGACACAACAUAUAAAGCUGUAUCUUUUGACACCAACUAUGGUGCCUGUAGCAAUACAAGCCACAGCCUAUGUGAAAUGCUGCCCUAUAAUCAGACUACUUCAAACUUCAACAUCACAGAUGUGGAAAUGCUAAUCCGUUUCUUCAAUCAGCUUAAACAACUGCAUUGCUAUAAGCAUAUCAUGCUGUUUGGGUGCAGCAUUGCCUUUCCGGAGUGCAUCAACAACCUUGAGAGAACAUUAAUUCUACCAUGCAUGUCAUUCUGCGAAGAGGCGAGAGAAGGCUGCGAGCCACUGUUGCAAAAGGUGGAGUCUGGAUGGCCGGAUUUCAUGAAGUGCUCCAGGUUUGUCAACGAUACAGGAAUGGAAAACACCAGCAGGAUAUGUUUCUCACCACAACAAAUGGAAGGAAAAAGAACUUGCAAAGAGCUGGACAGCUUCUUGUGUGGUAGUGCCUUCUGUAUCCAAAGGAAACUGGUGUGCAAUGGUUACAAUGAUUGCGAUGACUGGAGCGAUGAAGCAGACUGCACCUGUAGUGAGGGAGACUUUCAUUGUGGUACUGGCAAAUGCAUCCAUUAUAAUAGCACAUGUGAUGGUUACAAUGACUGUGGGGAUCUGAGCGAUGAGAUGAACUGUGAGUGCAAUCCAGAGCUCCAUUUCAGAUGUGGAGAUGGUAGAUGUAUCACGAAGACCUGGGUUUGUGACGGAGACCAUGACUGCACAGACAUGUCUGAUGAGGCAAACUGUUCUUGCAAGAGUCAGGGUCUGAUGGAAUGCAAUAAUGCCCGAUGUAUUCCAAGCAUUUACCGAUGUGAUGGUGAAAAUGACUGUGAAGACUGGAGUGAUGAACUAAACUGUUCCAAAUCUCAUGAUCCAAGCUCUUGUAAGGAAGAGGGUUUAUUAUGUGCUCAAACUUCCUGUGCUGAUGCAUGCAAUGGAAACUCUAGCUGUGCACCUCUCAACAGCGGAAUAAACUGCAGUAAAUGUGAGCCUAUAACUCUUGAGCUUUGUAUGAAUCAGCCAUACAACACCACCAUCUAUCCUAACUAUCUGGGCCAUCAAAAUCAGAAGGCAGCAUCCAUUAGCUGGGAAUUUUUCCUCUUUCCAAGCUUUGUUCAGACUGGUUGUUACAAGUACCUCAUGUUCUUUGCAUGUACUAUCCUUGUGCCAAAGUGUGACCAUGAGACGAAUCAACGUGUGCCACCUUGCAGAUCCCUGUGUGAAGACUCCAAGGAACACUGUGAGACGUUGAUGAGCAUAAUUGGACAUCAAUGGCCAGAGGACAUGGACUGCAGCCAGUUCCCUAAGGAAAAUUCUGACAACCAGACCUGCCUGCUGCCUGAUGAGAAUGUGGAAGAGUGCUCCCCGAGUCAUUUCAAGUGCAAUUCAGGGAGAUGUCUCUUGGCAUCAAAGAGGUGCGAUGGGGAACCAGACUGUGACGAUUCCAGUGAUGAAGAACAAUGUGGUUGUAGUGAGAGAGACCUCUGGGAAUGCCCGACUGACAAGACCUGUAUCAAGCACACAAUGAUCUGUGAUGGUUUCCAGGACUGCACUGACAAGGCAGAUGAAAAGAAUUGCUCUUCUUGUGCAGAUAAUGAGGUGGUCUGCGCUAACCAUGCCUGUGUGUCCCGUCAUCUUUGGUGUGAUGGAAGGACAGAUUGUCCUGACGGCUCUGAUGAAUGGAACUGUGUGUCGCUGUCAGGUGGUGCAGAUUCCUUGGCUCAGCUUGUUGUACACAGGUCGACAUCUGACUAUCACGUCUGUGCUGAUGAUUGGCAGGAAGAGCUCAGCCAGCUGGCUUGCAAACAGAUUGGUUUAGGAGGCCCUCCAGUGACUCACAUAGUGUCAGAACAUGACCAUGUGCAACGGAGAAAGUGGUUACGUUUAAGUCCUGAUUGGAGGAGUAAAAACAUUUCCACUGUACAAGCCCUAUUACUAAAAGGGCAGGUGUGUCGAAGUAAAAGCAAGAUCUCUCUCCACUGCACCAAAGAAGACUGUGGUCAGCGCCCAGCAAUUCGACUCAAUAAAAGAGUUCUAGGAGGCAGAACAAGCCGUCCAGGCCGCUGGCCCUGGCAGUGCUCCAUGCAAAGUGAGACUGGCGGACAUACCUGUGGCUGUGCACUGAUUAGACGAAAAUGGGUUUUGACAGCGGCACAUUGCUUUGAAGUGCGUGAAAAUGCAGCUGCCUGGAGCGUUGUGUUUGGUAUCAACAAUCUGGACCAUCCAUCUGAAUCUACACAGACCCGGAAGGUGAAACGGAUUAUCCUGCAUCCACGCUAUAGAAGUGUAUUUAAUGAUUAUGACAUCAGUGUGGUGGAGCUCCAUGAAGAAGUAAUUGAGACCAGUUACGUUCGACCUGUUUGCCUACCUGGAAAGGACCAAGUGGUAGAACCAGAUACCUACUGCUUCAUCUCAGGAUGGGGGAACACUGGCAGCAGAGUUCCAUUCAAGCUUCAGGAAGGAGAAGUCCGCAUUCUUCCCCUUGACCGCUGUCAGUCAUACUUUGAGACUAAAAUAAUCACUUCUCGAAUGUUAUGCGCAGGUUAUGAACCUGGAACAGUGGAUGCCUGCAUGGGUGACAGUGGAGGACCCCUGGUUUGUGAGCAGCCUGGAAACAGAUGGACCUUAUUUGGUUUAACCUCUUGGGGAUCAGUGUGCUUCGGAAAAUUCCUUGGACCUGGCAUAUACUGCAAUGUAACGCAUUUUGUUGAAUGGAUCGAGAGGCAGAUCUACAUUCACACAUUUUUAUAAAUGAAUCAUUUAAAGGCCAGCACAACAGCAUCCAAGAUGAGAUGUAAAACAGAAGGAGGCAGAAUUGUGCAAGCUGACACAUCCAACAAAAUCACCUCAUUGCACUCUUCUUGCGUUCACUGAAAGUAGCUGGUAUUAAUCAUUCCCAUCACCACUCACCUUCCUGUUCAUUAAAACAAUCUGGUAAUAUUCUAAUGCAUAUGGAAUAACUACACCAAACUGCUCUACUCGGCUGUUAGAGGAAUCAGUGAUUAUAAAUAUUGACCUGAGUGACAUUAAGAAAUAUUCAUCCCAGAAUGCAACGCAUCAAUCAUCUGCUGCUUUGUCUCAAGUUUUAUAUUGUUUCCAUUUCAAAACUCUACAACCCUAUAAGCCCCUAGAUCAUUCUGUUUUGUUUAAACAGUCUAUGAAAAGAAACAUUCACCACUUGUAACCUGACUGCUUAAGAAAAUAUCUUCUGCAUUCUUCACGAGACUGCCUCACAUUGAGGAUGCUGUUGAGGGAAUAAAUCCUUUCAUAUUUUUCAGAAGAGUUCAUGGGUUGGGUUUAUUUUGCUUUGAUGCAGAACUGUCAAACCAAAAGUAGUAGAAUUCUAUACUUAUUUCUACAUACUGCCAGUCAGAUCUUUUUAUAGUAAUUAAGUGUUGGUCACUGUGGAACAUUUUCAGCAUGUUGACAUCUAAGUGCAGUUAGUGGCUUGACUAGUGAUUUGUUAAAUGGAUUAUGUAUUUAAAAAAAUGAUUUAUUUCAUGCAGUAAAGCUCUUCCCUGAAAUGGUUACUUGUCAAGUCGGUGUCAUGUGGGAAAGAGAGCAAAGCGUUUAGUUGAGUGCUUAUGAACUGAUAACAUAAAUUAUAUAAGGAAUUGAUUUUGUAGCAUUAAUCACAUCAGAUUAAACCAACACAAUAUAAGUAGCACUUCCAUUCAGUUUUAAAGUAGGAAGCAACCAUGCAAAGAAUGAAUGAAGUGCACUUCUCUGGAAUCUGUAGUCUAAUUUCAUUACCACUUAACAGAGCAAGAAAUGUCCUGUUGCUUUCUAAUGAAGUUCAUAAUCAAAGAUGUGAUUAAAAUAGGGCCAUCCUCUCAAUGGUAUGGAUCUUCAUAAUGGUGGUUCAAAAAACCAACCAUUAAAUUUUCUGUGGGUCUCAUCUUACCCUUCAUUAUGAAAGAUUUUGUGUAUGGAGCUGAUUUUCCUUCACAAUUUGAUACUUUUGUUUGGUAUUUACAAAAAUUAAAUGUCAUCUCCUGCUCCAGCACUGGUAUUGGCAUUAGACUCUUUAUAGUGCCAACAUUCAUCAUAUAUGAAAUAUGCAAACUUAACCUCUGUUCCAAAGCAUUGUGCCCUUUUUAAAUAGUGCUAUCGUUAAGUGGUAAUGAUAUUCCUUGAAUUACAAAGUUACCAUAAGUUACUCUCUUAUGCCAACGUUUUGUUUCAGCUCACUCCAUGUAUUCACAUUGCAUUUUUGUGCAGUUGUUUGCUUUUUGAGUCAGAAGAAAUAAAUAUUUCACUUUGAUGGCACUUUUCAAUUAUGUAAUGCUAUAAGCUUUUUGUUUCGAAGUGAGAAAAAAGGUGUUUGAGAAAUACCUGUAAUGUUCAACGUAACAUUCCAUGUAAAGAUACUAUGAUGGCUGUAUUUUAGAAAAUAUUUUUAUAUUGCUUUUUCUAUGUGUGCUCAUUAAAAAAAAUGGGUGUGUUUACACUUU